AAUGGCCUGAUUACACCCAACACAAAGCUAUUCAAACACAGCAGUCGCUUUCGUGCAUCCACCCGACCGGCGAUGAUGGAAGCGUCCUGGUGUUCGUCCACGUAGAAAGUGAUGAGGUGCCUGCGUGUUCCAGCCGUGCUCUGCCGCCUACGCGCGCGCGCCGGCUGGCCGAGCCCGAGCGCAAGUUAAUUAAGUUGGCGCCAAAUUAGGCAAGCUAGCUCGCACUGCACGUACGUACGCGUGGGCGCGCUCGGCUGCCAAAAGGCGUGCAAACCAAAGCUCCAUUAGCUAGCUAGCGCGCGGCGAUGAGACCACGGCCGCCGGCUCUGGUGAUCAGCCUCCUCUUCCUCCUUGUCCUCGCCGUGCCGUGGCAUGCCGCUGCGGUCGGAGGGGACCUAGACGGCGGCAUGGUGCGGGUGGACGGCACGCGGUUCGUGGCGGGGGACGGCGACCGGACGGUGUACCUCAGCGGGUUCAACGCGUACUGGCUCAUGGAGAUGGCGUCCGACCCGUCGCGGCGGGGCGGGGUGGUGUCGGCGUUCCGGCAGGCGAAGGCGCACGGCCUCAACCUCGCGCGCACCUGGGCCUUCAGCGACGGCGGCGACAACCCGCUGCAGUCCUCGCCCGGCGUCUACCACGAGCACAUGUUCCAGGGUCUGGACUUCGUCAUCGCCGAGGCGAGGCGGCACGGGAUAUACCUCCUCCUCUGCCUCACCAACAACUUCGACGACUUCGGCGGCAAGCGCCAGUACGUCCAGUGGGCGAGGGAGGACAUCACCGCCGGCGCCGGCGCCGGCGGCCGCAACCUCACCUCCGCCGACGACUUCUUCAACUCCACCCUCGUCAAGUCCUACUACAAGAACCACGUCAAGACGGUGCUGACGAGGGUGAACACGGUGACCGGCGUGGCGUACAGGGACGACCCGGCCAUCUUCGGGUGGGAGCUGAUGAACGAGCCCCGGUGCGGCGCCGAGCCCACGGGCGCCAUGGUGCAGGCGUGGGUGGAGGAGAUGGCGCCGUACCUGAAAACCAUCGACGCCGCCCACCUGGUCACGGCGGGGCUGGAGGGCUUCUACGGCGACGGCGCGCACGAGAGCAAGGAGCUCAACCCGUGGAGCAUCUACUACGGCACCAACUUCGUCGCCACGCACCAGGCCGCCGGGAUCGACUUCGCCACCAUCCACCUCUACCCGGACGUCUGGCUCUGGGGCUCCACCGCCGACCAGCAGGCGCGCUUCUUCCGCAACUGGACGGCGUCCCACGUCCGCGACACCGAGCGGCAUCUCCGGAAGCCGCUCCUCGUCACCGAGUACGGCAAGUUCCUCUGGGAGGAGGGCGGCGAGAACGCGACGUCGGCCACGCAGAGGAGGGAUGGUUUUCUCGGUAUGGUGCUUGAUACGAUCUACGAGUCGGCAUCAAAGGGCGGGCCGCUCGUUGGCGGCGCCUUCUGGCAGCUGCUCCUCGACGGCGACGGCAUGGACGCGCUCAAGGACGGGUACCAGAUCGUGCUCCCGGAGGACGCCCGCGCCGCAAGCAUCAUCAGUGAUCACUCCGAGAAGAUGGCCGAGCUCAGCAAGCAGGACGCCGCGAUGGCCGGUCGGCGGUGGAGUAGGAGUGAGCCAAGGAAGAUCGGCCGUUUUGGCAGCUGGGGUGAUGCUCAUCCUUACGUCCAAAGAUUCUUGCUUCGUUUCGUCUCUCUGUUCAGAUCAGUUUCUUCACUGUUUGAUUGGUCCCGUGUAGCUAGCUAGGCUGCAGUAGAGAAAUGUUCAGAUACCUUCCCCUGAGUGUAGCAAUUUUGACUUUUU